UUCCCAUGACCCGUAAAGAUACAAAUAAACAAAAAGCCCCAAUUCAGUGAAUUCUAGGGUUUUUAUUUUUCCAAAUCGCCGACGCCGGCGCCGACUGCUGUCAACCUUCAAAUCGUCGAGUCUCCAUUGCUUCACAGUUUACACUCUUCACUUCUUUAGCAGUUAUCGUCGGUCGACGAUUAACCGGUCCAGACUUCUCCUUUGCUUCAUAUUUUCUUAUCAAUAUUAUACACUUUGCUUGAGCCGAGGGUCUACCGAAAACAACCUCUCUGCCUUCACAAGAUGAGAGUGAAAAAGCAGAAGCGGCAUAGGAGAGCUGUGAGGUUUUACACAGCUUGUUUCGGGUUUAGAGAGCCAUUUAAAAUCCUUUGUGAUGGAACAUUUGUGCAUCAUCUUGUUGUUAAUCGCAUAACACCUGCUGAUACUGCAUUGACAAAUAUUCUAGGCGCCACAGUUAAACUUUUUACAACCAGAUGCGUUCUUGCGGAGUUGAAGAGCCUUGGUGGUUCCUAUAUGGAAGCACUGAAUGCAGCUAAUAACCUUAUUACUGCACGAUGUGAUCAUGAGACGCAGAAAAGUGCUGUAGAUUGCAUAACUGAAGUUAUCGGGGGGAACAAUUCUGAACACUUUUUUGUUGCUACUCAAGAUGCCGAUUUGCGGAGAAGUCUUCAAAAGAUACCUGGUGUGCCUGUAAUUUUUGCUCUUAGGAAUGCCUUAUUUCUCGAACAACCGUCAUCAUUUCAACGUCAGUUUGCCAAAUCUGCUGAAGAAGAACGUCUUCAUAUGACUGACCUGGAGCUCAAUAUGCUUAGACAGAGGAAAAAGAGGAGACUGUCUGAUGACAAACACGGGGAUUCUUCUGAUGCAUCAGAGGAAGAGGUAGAUGAUAUUUCACAGGUUCAGAUCAUCAAUACAAAUGUUAAGACCAAUGGAAUUGAUGUCAAGGAUAAAGUUAGCUUCAAGAGAAAGAAGGCUAAGGGUCCAAAUCCACUCUCAGUCAAGAAGAAAAAGAAGUCUCUGGAUACAAAUUUUUCGACCUUGGGAAAGGAAAGCAAGAAUGGUGAGGGAACUGUGAGAAGCAGGAAGAAAAGGAAGAGGUCGCGCCAAAAAGUUGUAGAAGGAAAUGCUUAGUGUUGAAGGCAUCCACCAGGAAAUCUUUUGCACGACUGUCUUUAUCAGGAGGAAUUUUGAUUAAUGGAUACUAUCAAACAUAGUACAAUCUUCCACAGGAAACACUAUAUUUAUCAAAGGAAGUGUCUACUUGAGAGGCAACAAUUAUUAUCAGGAGAACACAAGGGUCUAUUGCUAAUUGUGAUCAAUUUUGGAUUUUGUAUGAAUUUUGCCCCUUGCAACAUGAUAUUUAGUUGGAAUUACAUUGCCUUUUUACCUAGUAUCUUCUAAAGCGAAAACGCUUUAAUGUCAAUUCUAACAUUCGACUUACUGAUCUGAUUAAUUCAGAUUUGUGCCACAUAGUAUCCAUUAACGGAGAAAUGUUUCUUAUCCCAUUCUCAGAAUUCAAAUACGAGAUGUCUGGUUAAAUGUAUAAGACCCUAAUGAUUCUAUCUCAUUUUGUUAUCA